AUGUUCCGUCUCGCAAAUGUUAUUGGAUCGGAGAGAUUGUCGAUCUCCGUUGUCAUAGGGAAAUUGCAGGUUCUGGCUAUCUGGCCCGACAAAGAGGAAGAGUGCAAAGAAAGAGCGAAUAGGAUUUGCGAUGAGUACGCUAACUCACGCUAUGCAAAAGAUUUGCAAGGGCUGAUGAAGGCUGCUGAGAAACCGCGAUCCCUGCGCCCUCAUCACGGAGCCGGCUUGUCUCGACUCAUCAGUGCACUUUUCGUGAGAUAUGCUAAGGAUAAUGUCCGAAAUAAAUCGGUUAUGCGAGCAAAAGGGAGCUUAAAUGUUAAGGUACUCUCCUAUAUGCCGAUCUUUUCCAUGGACGGGAUGAUUCUCACUAGCAUUGCCUACUGGUUGAUCGGUCUCGCUCCGACUGCUGGACGAUUUAUUCGCACCGUUAUAACUGGUGUACUUGUGGAGGCCAUGGUGGCCAGCUUGGGAGUCGCCGUCUGCUCGAUGUCCCCGUCGUACGCAGUCGCCGUCACAAUCACAGGACCACUUCUUACAAUUUACUCAAUGACAGGCGGUCUUUUCACGAAUGUCGCCAUGCUUCCGGACUGGAUAAGAUGGGUGCAAUACUUGUCGUGGUUCCGCUUCGGUUACGAAGCAUUCAUUAUCAACGAGUGGACGUACGAGAAAUACGACAACAUAAGCUGUACAAUGACUAGCGGAAAGGUGGCUGAAUCCUGCGAACAUUCUGGAGCGGAAGUGAUUGAGAAUCUAAGUUUCCGUCCUGUCAACUUAUACUUCAAUUGGCUGGUUAUGAUUUUGUACACACUAGCACACUACUCAAUCGGCUACAUCGCUCUCACUUUUCGAGUUCAACGACAGCGAUGA